AUGUCCCCCGAGCAGGGAGCGGCGCCCGACGCGCGUGCGCCGGAGCCUGCGGGGCAGGCUUCUGAGGACACGAGGGACUCGAGCUUCUCGCUCGCAGGCUUGCACACCAUGCUGAAUCAUCCGUGGCGCAAGCCGCUGCCGAUCCAUGCGGGCUCGUCCAAGUUUCCGGACGUGGGCCCCGCGGGACAUGUGGCGUCUGCGCCUCCCGCUGCUGAUCGGACCGUGCUGGAGCGGUACGUGGCGCAGCACAGCGCCGACUGGGACAAGCUGGACCGCGAGCGGUCCAUGGCGCGAAACCGACAGGCGCCUGCUGAGCCUGGCUCGAACCGCUUGCCGCCGCUGAGCACGGUGCCACAGGUCUUUUUCAGUGGCGACUUUGAUCUGGGCAACCCGUACAUCUUUGACCUCGUUACGGAGCGGUACAAGCAGACGACUGCGCUCGGUGCCGAGUCUGACCCGGAUACGCUGCAAUACGGUGUGGUGCUGAAUCAGAUGCUCCAGGAGAAGCUGAGCUACUACUUGGACGUGAUUGAGCAGCACCUGGUCGUGGAGAUCGGCGCAAAGAGCGCGUCGUUCUUUGAUGCGCUCUCGACACUGCAGCAGCUGCGCGUCGACGCUCACGACUGUCUCACGCACAUGGAUGGCGUCAGUGCGCAGCUCGAUGCGGUCGAGGCGCAUGUGCAGGACGGCCUGGACUUGGCGCAGCUGCAGGAGGAGCGCCGCGCGCUCGAGGCGCAGCAUGACUUGCUCCUCAAGGUACAGCGGCUGCUGGACCGCCGCCACCUCGUCGCGCUCAGUGUACAGCAUGGCGAGUACGACAGCGCGAUGACGACCAUGGAAGAUAUCCGGCAGGCACUGCAAACUGACUCCGAAUUCCAGGGCGUCGCGUCGCUGCGCGCUCUGCUGCCCGAACUCGACGAGGAGCAGGCGAAAAUGGCGCGCGAGCUACAGCAUGUGCUGGCCGAGCUGAUGGACGCUGUGGCAGUCCCCCGCGCGGCGCUUCAGGCUGUCGAUGUGAGUGUGUGUGUCCCGCCCAUGCCACUCGACGAGGUGCUUAGCACAAGUGUCGCGCCGCUAGCCGAGCCUGCGAGUGCCUGGGAGCCCGUGUGGGACCUCUUGCAGCGCUGCAGUGGUCUGGACGCCGCGCUGGACGCAUAUGCAGAGCGCAUCGGCCAGCUGGUGCUAGAUGGCGUGGCAGAGCGGCUCGGUGCGUAUGCGCCUGCGAGUUGGGCCGUGCCAAGCGCGACGAACGAGCAGCGGACAGCGCCUGCAUGGGACGACUAUGUGCCCGGCCUCGCGGCGCUGCUCUAUGUGCUGUGGCGCGUCGCACAGCAUAUUCAGCACGUGCACACAAUGUGGACGGCGCGCGCGUCGCACGCCCAAGCGCAGCGCCUUGCGCAUGCGACACGAUCUAUGUGGGCCGCGAUCGAGCGGAGCAUCGUGCAUGUGAUGACGCCUCGGCACGCCCAGCUUUCGAGUAUGCCGUGGGAUACGUUUGUGGUGUACCAUGCGCUUGUGUGGCGCUUUGUGCACCUGGCCGAGUCCGAGGCGGGACGGCCGGGCGUGGCGCUGCGCAGCUGCGUCUUGACGCAGGCCAAGGCGUACCUGGGCACACAGCACCGGCAGCGCAUUGAGCGCGCGAUGCGUGCGGUCGAGGACGAGGUGUGGGCGCCUGCGCCCGUGUCGCCCGAGCUGCAGGCGACGAUGCAGCGCCUGCAGGACGCGGCCCAUGGCGAGGUGGCCGUCUAUCUCGUGGAGCUGGCACUGGGCGGCGCAUCGCCGGCCGUCCCUGCAGCGCAGGGCGAGGCGGUGCGCCAGCUCACGCUCGACAACACGCCGUUCUUUGUGGUCAAGGCGGCUGGCACCGUGCUGAGUCUCCUGGACGACUAUGUGCGCCUGGUGGUCAAUCUGCCGCUGUUUGCCGCCGAGACGCUGGGCUGGGUCGUGGAACUGCUAAAGCAGUUCAAUUCGCGCACAUGCCAAGUCGUGCUGGGGGCGGGGGCUAUGCGCUCGGCCGGCCUGAAAAACAUUACGGCGCGGCACCUGGCGCUCGCAGCACAGACGCUCUCGCUCAUGAUGGCGCUACUGCUGUCUUUGCGUGCGCUGAUGAAGCGGCACCUCACGACCUCGCAGGUGGUGCUGUUGGGCGACUUUGACAAGCUGCAGCGCGACUUUCGCGAGCACCAGUUCGAGAUCCAUGCGAAGCUGGUGGCCAUUAUGGGCGACCGGGUGCAUGUGCACUGCAGGGCGAUGGCACAGGUCGAUCUUGGCGCGGGUUCCGGACCCAGCUCGCCUAUCGCCGACCUUGUGCGUGAGACAGGGACGCUGUAUCGCGUCAUGAGCCAGUACCUGGAGCCGAGUGUCGUGGAGGCCUCCGUUGCGCAGGUCGCGCGCGAUAUUGAUACGCGCAUGGCCGUGGCUGUAUCGGCCGUGGAUGUGCGCAGCACCGAGGCACACAAGCGCCUGCUCGGCGAUUUGGAGUUCCUGGGCGAGAAAAUGAAGGUGAUGUACCCCGCAUGGCAGGGCGAACAGCUGCAGCAGGCAGCGAAAGGCAAGACGCCCAAGCCUCAGCUUGAGAUGCGACGUCCUACGGGCGAGCCACUGGGGUACCGACCGCGCCGCAGCCUGGGCAAGCGGCCACCGUCGACGCAGUCGCCGCAGCUUGAGUCGAUGGAGGCGUUCCAGCAGCCGGCUGCCAAGGAGCCAGAGGUGCCGCCCGUGCCGGCCAAGAACGAGGGGCACACGGCUCCUGCAGAGAAGGCUGAGGCAGCCAAGGCUGAGUCGUCAAAAGCUGAAGAUGGCAAAGCCGAGCCGCCAAAGGCUGAAGAAGCCAAGGCCGAGCCGCCAAAGGCUGAAGAAGCCAAGGCCGAGCCGCCAAAGGCUGAAGAAGCCAAGGCCGAGCCGCCAAAGGCUGAAGAUGCCAAGGUCGAGCCGCCAAAGGCUGAAGAAGUCAAGGACGAAGAAGCCAAGGACGAGUCUGCCGGGCAUGCAGCGACGGAGAUCCAGGCUGAACCGAAGGCAACUCCCACAGUCGCUCCCGCUGCCCCGGCAGAGGCGACAGGAGCCACAGCGAGACUGUCUCUCGAGACCUCUUUAGUGUCUACGCCGAAUACGCGUCCUGAAACGCGUGCGGUGACCGAUGCCCCGGCUGCGUCACCUGUGUCGCCCACCAAAGAAGGACGACGGCCGCGUGUAUCUCUGGAGCAGCGUCUCGCCGAGGCCGCCAAGCGUCGCGGCAUGCAGCGGUCGUCGCCGGUCCCGAGUCCGGGGCCGCCGAGUCCUGAGAAGCCCACGGCGCGGAAACUGUCGCUGGCUGAGCGCCUCGCCGGCGCUGCGAAAACAGAGGCACGCGCAUCGGAGCCAGCGCGUGGUGAGCAGGCAGCGCAAGACCGAGACCGGCCGGCUCGGCCAUCCCACGAGCCAGUGCCAGCCGAGUCGUUGGUGGGUCCGUCUCUCUCGGAGGACGGCCAGGCGGCGUCUGUGCCUGAAGAGGCUAACGUGGCUCAGCCUGAGGCUCCCAAGACAGAGCUGGGCCCUAACGAGGCCAUAACAACCGAGACAGUGGCUGAGACGGCAGAUGCCGCACCUGCGAAAGCCGAGCCGAUGCCUGAGACGCACGAGACGGUGGCCGGUAAGACGGAGGGGGAGGCUGACAGGUCCAUGCCCGUGCGCGAGGGCAACGCGCCCAUUGCCACGUCGACUGAGGCGCCCCGUCAUGACGCUGCAGAGCUGGUUGCUCGCGAUCAAGCGCAAGCUCCAGCUACGGAGACAAGUAACACGGAGACAAAAGCGCCUGCUGCAUCCGAGACGAAUUCCAACGAGCAAGAGAGCGCCUCACAAGGUCCGGCGGUAACAGCGGCGUCUAUGGAUACCAAGGAGACAGGCGCAGACUAG